AUGGAAGCGAUGGAUGUUUGCACUGCUCGGGGGCCUCAGGGCCCGGACUGCUUGGCCCUGGCGAUCGAGCUGCAGCUGGACGCGCAGGGCGCCGCCGCCGCGGAGGCGGCCGUCGGGUCGCCGGAGGCCGGGGCGGGGGCGCUUCACGGCCAGGGCUGUGAGACACGCCUCAAGCCACCAAGUGCUGCCAAGCACCUUGCACAGGUCGGGCGGGUGCACGGUGGCUUCCCCGGGGCCGCCCUGGCCCUCAAGGCGACUGUUGGCGAUGCUCUUUCUGGCCGACCCGGAGAGAAACUCCUGUCCCCCAUCACCUCCGAGGGCAAAACGUUCUUCGUUCGGGACCACGCCGACGCCACGGAUACGGAGGUGCUGAUUUUCGCCCUCUUCAUCGUCCUUCUCGAGCCCAGCGCCGCGGACACCGCCGAAUGGGCGGCGGGUUUGGCGCCUCUCGCGGCGCAGGCUGCGGAUGAGCAGGCGGGCUGGGCGACGGCGGCGGCGCCCGCCGGCUACUACGACCCGUUUCAGCGGGUCAUAGACGGCAAGUGGCACAAGGAGACGUGCGAGGCCGUGAAGAAGGCGGUGGAUGGCUGGGAGGGCCGCGGCGCGCGCGAGGGCGUGACAGUCGACCACUUGCUCUUGUACCACUCCGGACUUAAGAAACACCCGGACAAUGGCGGGCUUUGGCGGCAGCCGCCGCGCAAGAGGCCGCCGAAGCGCUUCAACAC